CGUAAGCUGCUGAUAGGAUGAAAUCGCGCAGGAUUCACUGUUGACGGUGUUUGCAGCGGUGCUUGGCCGCGCGCGCCAACCUUACGGUUCCUUCAAAGCAUUUCUGAGGACUAUACAACAUGACAACCGCGGUGUUGGAGCCCGGCGCGCCCAGCUUGCAGAAUGGCGGAGCGCAAGGAGAAACAGGCUCCGGCAAGCUGCCGGGACAGCGCAGUAAAUUGGUUUUGAAACACAGUCCAACGCUUCUGUUUGAUAUUUUGUCCGAGCCUGACAAGGACAAACUGAAUGCAAAGCUCAAGGGAGCGACGGUCGCGGGCCCGGUCGCGCCGGCCCAGGCGGGCGUCCCACGAGGUGCCCAGCAGCCGCAGCAGCUGCUGCCGCCGCCUCCAGCUCCGGCCGCCGGCCAGCGGAAUCUGGAUCUGGAUCUAGAGGCGCCACAGAAGGCGGCGGCAGCUGCGGCGGCGGAGGCAGGGCUCAGCGUGUCUGCUGCCGCGUCGUCAGGCUCCGCGGGCGCCUGGGGCAGCAGCGCAGAGGGCAGCAGCACGGCCACCACCACCACCACCACCGGCGGCAGCGGCGGCAGCGGCAGCGGCAGCGGCAGCGGCAACGCACCGACAGAGCCGCACCCGCACAAGCCGGCGUCGGCCUCGGCCGCAGCCUCGGGUGCAGCAGCAGCAGCAACAGCGGCGGCGGAGGCAGUGGACGCGGCAGUAGCAGGGCAACAGGCCGGUGCCGCUCCGGCGGCGGCGGCUACAGCUGCUCAGGCGGCUGAGGUGGCGGCGAGUGGCACCAACAGCGAGGCGCUAGCAGUGGCCACGGCACCCACAGCAGCGGCGGCGGCGGCGGCGGCUGACCCGCUGGCUGAGUUCACUCCUCGAGUCAUCCUGCAGGAGCUGCUUGGGGAGUUGUUCAUAGCGCCGGAGCGGCUGACGGCGCAGGGCAGCUUCGGGGCGGGCGCCUUCGCCACCGUGCAGAGCUGCAGCCUGGACCCCCCAGACGGCUGCGGCGGCCCCCGGCUGCUGGUGGCGGUCAAGAGCCUGAAGCCCGAGGUGCUGGAGGACGUGGAGGACCUGAGGCGCUUCCUGCUGGAGGCCAACUUGGUCCGCAAGCUGCACCACCCCAACAUCGUGUCCAUCCACGGCCUGGGCGCCCACCGCCUGGACAGCCUGGACAGCCUGCGGGCCAGCGCAUACGUGGUCAUGGAGGCGUGCGAGGGCGGCGACCUCAAGAUGAUGGUGCUGCGACAGAUGACUGGCCGCAGCCCCGCCUACUCGCGCCUGGACGCGCUGCGCUGGCUGACCCACAUCGCCGCCGCCUGCGCCUACCUGCACGAGACAUGCAGGCCCAUGGUCAUACACAGGGACUUGAAGCUGGAGAAUGUGCUGCUGACCGGCGGACCCGUGGACGGCAGAGUGGCCAAGAUCACGGACUUUGGGCUGCACAAACGCGCCAUGCACAGCCGAGCCGAGGACGCCCUCAUCGCCGUCACCAACGAGUGGUCCACACGGGGAGGGUCAGUGUACCGCACCGACGGAGCCGGCGGCGGCGGCGGUACGGCGGCGUACGGCAGCGGCCACGGCGGCGCCGCCGCGUACGGCAGGCAGGGGGCGGGCGCGGGCGGGGUGAAUAAGGACCCGUCGUUCUACGGCGGCCGUAAUUAUUAUGCCGGCGGCGGCGGCGCGGAUGCGUCGUACUACGGCGGGCUGAACGGCAGCGGCCAUGCGUACGGCGGCGGCGGCGGUGGCAGCACCAGCGCGCGCUAUGUCGCACUGGCGUCGGCGGGCGUGGCGGCGGUGGCGGCGGAGCGGUCGGUACGGCACGGCAGCGUGCACGGCAGUGUGCAUGGGGGCGUGCAUGGCGGCGGCGGCGGCGGCGGCGCACCGCUGGACCCGUUCCUGGCGGCGGCGGGCAUUGCCGCAGACGCCGCCGCCGGCGGCGCCGCCGGCGCCGACGUGUCCGCUCACUCGCUCGGCGCCUCGGCUCCUGGCGGCGGCGGCAGCCUGCGCGCCGGCUCGGAGGCGGCGGAGGCUCUGGGCUUGGCGGCGAUGGCGAUGGGCGGCGGCGGCGGCGGUAACGGCAGCAGCCACGGCGGCGCCGCCGGCUCGGGUCCCCUCGUAAUGGUCGGUGAGCGUGAGAAGCCGUACCUCCUGGCACUGGACAAGGGCCGUUACGAUUCGCCGGUGCCCACCAGCAAAUUCAACUCCACGAACGACCUCGUGGCAAUGCACGACGCCGCCGCCGGCGCGGCCGCCGCCGCCGCCAGGACCGUGUCAGCGGCGGCGGUCACGGCUGCCGCCGCCACAGCGCCGCUGCCGCCGCUGCCGCCGCGCGCCAGUGUGCCGCCGCCGCUGGCGGGCUGGGCGCCGCCGCACGUGGUGCCGCCGGCGAGCCACGAGGAGAGCGUGCACCGCAAGAUGCUGGCGCUGAUGUUCGUUCGCGCCGCAACCAUGACGCUGCAAGCCGAGGCGGCGGCGGCGGCGGCGGCGACGUCCAAUGAGGGUGGCGGCGGCGCCGCCGCCGCCGACGGCGACGCGGCUGGCAACGCCGCCGCCGCGGCGCUGACGCCGUCGCCGCUGACGCUCAUGCGCUCCAUGACGCUGGCACUGCAGCAGCAGAAGGAGCAGGAGCAGGUUGCUACAGCCACUGCCGCUGCUGGCACAGGCGCUGCUACAGCCGCCGGCGGCGGCGCCCUGUCGCUCUCGCCGGCCAGUUCCCUGCAGUCGCCGUCCGCGCUGCCGCCGCUGGGCGGGCUGCUGGCGACGGCGCAGUCACGCGCGACACGUGGCAGCGGCGCCGCCGGCGGCGGCGGCAUGAAGACGGUUCCCGAGGAGAACCGCAUGUCGAUGGACUUGGGGCCGCGGCCGAAUGUGGUGCCCGGCAUGCGCAACAGCCGCGGCAGUGGCGGCGGCGCCGCCAGGGACGGCAGCGGCGGCGGCGGCGGCGGCGGCCCUGGAACCGGCUCGGACCGCAGCGUGCGCGGCGGCGCGGCGCCGCCGCCGGGGGCAUCGGCGACGGCGGCGGCGGCGGCAUCUGCUGGGCGGCUCGUGUCGGCGGCUGCGAGCAAGCGGGAGAAGGUGGCGGCGGCGGCGGCAAAGAUGGCGGACGCGACGCAGCAGGUGGGGUCCCUCAUCUACAUGGCUCCGGAGCUCGUCACCAGCGGCUCCUACAACGAAAAGGUGGACGUGUUCAGCUUCGCGGUAAUCGCCUAUGAGCUCUUUAACGGCAAACUACUGGCCAUGAAGGUCGCCAACGACGCCGCCUAUGCCGAGAUGGGCGCCGGCGGCGGCGGCGCCGCGCCCGCCACGCCUCCGGGCGCGGGCGCGGGCACGCGCAGUGCGGAGCAGGCGGCUCAGGACGGUGUCAUGGCAUACGUGCUGCGGCGCAGCGGCGGCGUGCGGGAGCCGCUGCCCGGCUGGUGGCCGGCCGAGCUCAAGCACCUCAUUGCGGCGUGCUGGGCGCAGGACCCCACGCAGCGGCCGCCCUUCAGCAAGAUAUUCCGCGAGCUGCGCAAGAUGGCGGCGGACGGCACACUGGCGGAGAUGGACGCGCGCGACCCACUGCGCGGCGGCGGCUGCGGCUGCACCAUCAGCUAGGCAGGCAAGUCAGGCAGCUAGCCAGGCAGUUAGCUAGCUGGGCAGGCAAGGCAGGAAGGCGGUGCGACUGUGUGUGUGUGUGUGUGUGUGUGUGUGUGUGUGUGUGUAUGUGUACGGACUACAGGGGCGAGCAGUACCGUAUGGCAUGCGUGUGUGUGCGGCGCCAGGUGCACCUGUGCAGUGCCUGGGCGCAGCGGGAGGGAUGGAGGAGCAGGUCGUGUGCCGUGGCGUGUUACGGGAGGGAUGGGACCGGAGCAGGUGCUAGCUAAGUGGGCGAUGUACAGACGAGCCCGCUGUUGACGUCUGCGCGUUUUGUCGUAAGAGCAUGAGGUGAGAGAGGUUUGGCACUGUGGAGCAGGCCAUCACGCGGAUGGAGCCUCCAUGUGGAUGCAGCAUGGAUUUGGAGCACUGGGCCGAGCAGUGCGGUGCAAGGUAUAUUUGAUGUUGCAGCUCGAGCACUGAAGACGCGCGGAGAGUGGGUACGCGCUUGGCUUGUUGACACAAUCAAAUUGAUAAUGAAAGUACGGUAUGCGCGCCCCAAGUGGCAAGUGAGCAGUGCUACUUCUUAUCCUGCCGGGGGCUGUCGGGGGUUGGCAGUGUAUCGAGAGAGAAAGAGAGAGCUGCGCGGACGGCGGCGCACCGGCGGCUGCCGCACCUCCUUUGUACCCAUUUGAAAAUGUUGUAUCUGCAAGGCUGUCGUGGUAGGCGUAGAGACCUGCAGGUCACCGGUAUGUAACAGGCGGCCGGCCGGUGCCAGUGUGACAUUUUCAACAGUGUUGGUGACGGCCUCUAAUGUAUUGUAGAAACAAAGGUGUAAAUGCUGAAAGACGUGUUGGUGCCGCUUUGGGUGCUGCCGGUGGCGAAUGCAACACGGCGGACUGCUGUGCGCGCCUGCUGGCAGUAGUGGGGUGGCUGAUGGGCGUGAUGUGUGUGUGUGUGUGUGUGUGUGUGUGUGUGUGCGUGUGUGUGGCUGCUGCAGCGAGUACGCGGGGGGCUGCCACCCGGCAGCCAGCCCGCAGCCGCCCACCUGUUGCUAGUUGCCUGGUGCGGGUGCGGGCUGCGGGCUGCGGGCGUGUUUCGGUCGGUUGUGUGUGUGUACGUUUAUGCGCAUGUAUACGUCCAGAUGAAUAGGUGCGAGCAGAUGUGCGGCUGCUGCUGGGCUCGCCCACUGCCAUACCACGCACUGCCGUACCAUAAUCGUAUCUAUAAUCGUUAGGGGUUGGUUACGAGCGGUCAGCUGUGAGCGACUUUAGGUGCCGGUGGCUGGCCGGCUGUAGGCCAGGCUCCCAUGCAGGUAGGCUCCCAGGCUGACACGGGGCCGGUUGGGCUGCUGCGUGAUGGCAACGUGAUUCAAUAACACGACAGUGAA